GGCUGAAAGUUCGCACUGGACUCAUGGAAGUCAGCAUAAAGGGCAUCUAAGGUAUUUGUACCUAUCAAGAUCUGCUCUACAUAGAACGCGGAAGUGUUAGUGCAAGUAGUCCAUUUCAGUAAAACGGAGCGAGUUUAAACAGUUGGCGUUCGAGAAACGGUAAAUCUGUUAAAUCCGACUGUUUUCUUCCAGUGUCGCUGCUUUCGGACUGACGAAAUAAAGAAAUGGUGAAAAUAUCUGUUCUGAAGGUGGAGAACCCAUCGUGUCUCUGGGGUGCCAUUUGGGGUCUCAGCGGCGAUGUGGAGACUUCAGAACAUUACAAAAAGCUACAUUUUCAGAUGAACCUCUUCUACCGCGACACCACGCAGGACGUGUGCACGCUAAAGCCUACGUCGUUGGAGGAAGGACGGGUGUAUGUGGUGUACUGGGCGGUAAAGAAGUCGUGGUUUCGGGCCGUGGUGGAGUCGAUCUUCGUGGACUCGGUUUCCUGUCAAGCUUGUUGCUUUCUGGUCGACCACGGAGAGAAAGUCGUCGUCCCCUCAGAGCAGAUCCGGUUGGCAAUGGAAAACUUCCUUCAGCUGCCUUUCUGGGUGCAAAAGUUCCACCUGGCGGGAAUCAAACCAACAACCCUGCGAGUGUCUCUGCUUGAGGAGAAGGCAGAGCUCAAACCGUCAGCUCGGUGGGACAGCUCUGCCACGCUCUUCCUGCACAAGCUGCUGCAAGCAUCGACUCUAAAGGAGGCCGUGCUGCUUGAACCUGAGUCAGACUCUACCCCUAUCAAGCUUUACGUGACUGUUGGUGACAUCAAGAUCUGUGUGAAUGACGACUUGGUGGCGAAGAGGUUUGCCUACUACAGCACAAAAUCAGGCGACGGCCUGGAGGAGGGAGACCGACUUCCUGUGAUGCUGUCCUACAGCAUCUUAACCCAGAGCGUCUCCCCCAAGCCGACAGCACAAACCCAACCGCCUCCCGAUCAGCAGAGUCUGGUUGAAGCUGGGGGGGCAGCUGAUUGGCUUACAGCUCCUUCCCUGCUUCCUCAGAUUGUACAACACAAGCUGGUGAAGGCUGGAGGUGAACAUCGGUCAGUGGUCACAAAACAACAGCUGUCUCCAAACAGCCAGUCAGGGAGCGGCUCAGACGCAGCUGAGAGCAGCUCGUCAGACGACGCAGACUCGUCUCUGGCUGCAGCCCUCACAAAAAACCAUCAGCUGUUCAGGUUUCUACAGUUUAUGAAGCCGGGCAGCAGUUCCGAGCUGGCAGCUCCCCAGGAAGCUGAGGUGUUGCCUCUGAUGAGUGAGAAACCAGGAGCUGAGAAUCUUCAGAGCUGUCAGGCUGAAUCUUUGGUGGAUGAAGAGGCAAGCAGCUCCAGCACAUCUGUCGCCUCGGCUCCAGCAGAGGAGACCCAGCGCAGUGAGAAGGACUGGGCCUGUGCACGCCUGUUGGAGUUGUUGAAUCCACAGGCUCUGAACCCCGAUCCUGAUGCCCAAGACGCUGUGGUUUCUCCCCUCGACCCCUGCCGGAGUGGGAUUCUGGUGCACGCUACCUUCCCAGCAGAGCCGUGGAUCAGUGUGAAUGACCCCGCCAUCGCAGACACCCUCUGCUGGGUAAACAAGAAUACGCCCUGAGUUUGUCAUCAGGAUCUUUAACAUGCUAGGAAACGAGAGUUUAGUGACCUGAACAUUCAGGUGUAAUUGUAAAUGUUGUGAAAGUGGUUUCGUUAUUAACAACACAGCAUCAGAUUCAAUUUCAAAUUUGAAAUGUUCUCAGAAAUGGUUCAGAAAUACAAAUAAAGUUGUUGUUAAUUUAAAAAAAAAAAAAAAAAAAA